UUUGUAGGCUGAAAAACAUCGUAGACGCCUUUACUGACUCGGCCAAAUCAGAGCCACCGGCGCAUCUUUCCGUGUCUUCUCCUCCUCCUUAAAAAGACGCAUUUGCGCACCUUUUGACGCAACAGCGCGUUUCAGGCGACACGGCCCGAACGCAUGUGUCACUGUCAUAAUCAGCCCCGCAGACUUUCUCUAAUUUUCAGAAGACGUACCAUCGUUUUCUAAAAGCCCCAUUAUUCCAUCGAGCCCGCGGGAACGCGCACCUGCGUACGGGACAUUUAACGCAUCUCGCGAACUCCACCAAGAAGAGGUUCAACUCCUCCCUUCAGAGUUUCAACGCGGUCCCGAUAGAGGAUGGCGCUGCUGCCUCUGCUGCUGCUGAACGCGAGCCGCUCGGCGUUGGCUGCAGUGUGAAGGCGAGCUGGAGGAGGAGGAGGAGGAGGAGGAGGAGGAAGAGGUGUGGAGCAGAGGAGAGAAACACCCUAUAGGUGUGAGCGCGUAUGUGCGUGAACGAGAAGGAGGAGAAGAAGGAAAAGAAGGAGAGGGGAGGAAAGACAAAAAACCCCCCAAAAAACAACAACAAAAAAGCUGAGUGCGCUGAGCUUCAGCCCUGCAGCGCGUUAUCUGUGUGCCGCGGAGAGACGCGACCAAGGAGACGAGAUGCGGAUCGCCGAGACUAACUGGUGGGAUUCAUGUCCCCCGCAGCUGAGUGGCUGAAACCUAUCCGUGGGAUGAAAAUAGGAGGAUCAAAGUUUGUUUGUUUUUUCCCGCUUUGUAGUUGGAUUUUUUUUUAAAUUAAUUAAUUAAUUUAUUUUUUCCCACCCCUGACGCCCGUGAUGGAGCGCCACUUGGGAGAGAGAGGAUGAUGGACACUUUGGCACCUGCAGCUCUCGUCCAGAAACUAGGCGCGCGCGCUGCUGACCGAGCCCUCAGGACGGCGAUCGCUCAUUUGUUUUGAAGUGGAAGAGGGGCAAAAAAAAAAAAAAAAAAAAAAAAAAAAGAGAGAGGUGUGAGCUGGGGGAUGUUGCGCGCAGCGAUUCCUCUGAGACCCGACGUGCGCACUCAUCACAUCCCCGCCGAGGAGCGCACCUUAAAGAGAGGAGCCGCGGUCCGCCUCCACUGCUCACUCCAGCCGCUCGGAACUUGUUGAGCGGCUCCACGGAAGGGGACGUGAACUCCCGGAGAGGGGGAGGGGGGCGACGCGAGAAACCGCCGGAUCAUCACACGGGGACGCGGACUAUGACUGACAGCCAGGGGAGCUGAGGAGACCUGCCACUCAUUUUGCUAUCAGCGUGUCAGAGGGGCUCGUCUCGACCCCUUCUUCCUCCUCGGCCUUCUCUUCUUAUCUUCUGUAACCUCAAAGUCCUGGGCCGCUCUGGAAACUUGAAAAAGAAAAAAAACACUUCUAAAUCAAGCAUUGCUCCCCGUCACCCGCAAAGGGAGCUUGACAUGCCUCCUCACGUCGUUUAGGUCAUCAGAAAAAGACGACUAUAACCCACCACCACCCCCCACAUCUUCAGAAGGAGGCACUGCUCCGUGGGAAGGAGCUGAGAGAGGAGCAGUCAUGAGGCUCCAGUUUGCACUGGCCCUCCAGGCGAUAUGGACCGGCAUGUGCCACGCAGCCAUGCAGCACUACCCUGCAGCGUGGGGCCACUACGAUGUCUGCAAGUCCCAGGUGUACUCGGACGAAGGUUUAACCUGGGACUACAUGGCCUGCCAACCCGAGGCAGCAGACAUGACCCAGUUCCUGAAGGUCACUCUGGAUCCCCCCAACAUCACCUGCGGAGACCCUCCAGAGACGUACUGCGCCCUGGAGAAUCCGUACAUGUGCAACAACGAAUGCGACGCCAGCACCGAGGAACUGGCGCACCCUCCACAGCUGAUGUUUGACGUCGAGGGUCGCAACCCCACGACCUUCUGGCAGUCCACGACCUGGAGAAGUACGACCCCAACCGUUUUGGUCAUCAGCGUUGUAAACAAAACCAUCGAGCUGACCGACGACAUCGUCAUCACGUUCGAGUCGGGCCGGCCAGAGCAGAUGGUCCUGGAGAAAUCUCUGGACUACGGCCGAACCUGGCAACCCUACCAGUUUUACGCCACCGACUGCCUGGACGCCUUCACUAUGGAGCCCAAAACGGUGCAGGACCUCUCUCAGCACACCCUGCUGGACAUCAUCUGCACGGAGGAUUACUCCCGAGGGUACGUGUGGAAGUAUGACAAAACCGUGCGCUUUGAGAUCAAGGACCGCUUUGCACUGUUUGCCGGGCCCAGGCUGCACAACAUGGCCUCGCUUUACGGUCAGCUGGACACGACCAAGAACCUGCGGGAUUUCUUCACCAUCACGGACCUGAGGAUCCGGCUGCUUCGGCCCGCUACUGGGGCCACCAUGGUGGACGAGAGCAGCCUGUCAAGAUACUUCUACGCCAUUUCUGACAUCAAAGUUCAGGGCAGGUGCAAAUGCAACCUUCACGCCAACAGCUGCGUGUUUGACAAAGAGAAGUUGAGCUGCGAGUGCGAGCACAACACCACCGGGCCUGACUGCGGGCGCUGUAAGAGGAGCUACCAAGGGCGAGCGUGGAGUGCCGGCUCCUACCUGCCCAUUCCCAAGGGCACGGCUAAUAUCUGUGUUCCUAAUAACAUUGGUCCAGUCAACUGCGAAUGCUUCGGCCACUCCAACCGAUGUAGCUACCUCGAGGUGCUAAACACCGUCAUUUGCGUGAGCUGCAAGCACAACACUAGGGGCCAGCACUGCCAGCUGUGCAAGCUGGGCUACUACCGCAAUGCCUCAGCAGAACUGGACGAUGAAAAUGUGUGCAUAGAGUGUAAUUGUAAUCCCUCUGGCUCAGUCAGUGAUCACUGUAAUGGCACAGGAUAUUGUACAUGUAAGGAGGGCACUACGGGCCCCAAGUGUCAGGAGUGCCUACCCGGCUAUUUGUGGGAAAAUGGCUGCAAAUCCCGGGUGUGCGACAACGAGCUGCUGCGCUGCCAAAACGGCGGGGAGUGUGUGAACAACCGCUGCAGCUGUCCCGCCUCCCACACGGGCCUGCUGUGCGAGAAGCCCCGCUGCGAGUCCGAGCUGGGCGGCUGCAAGGGGCCCGAGUCGGGCCAGGCGUCCCUGAGGCCCCCCUCGCUCUGCGGCGUGCUGACGCUGCUGCUGCUCGGCGACGCGCUGCGGAGGGAAACGCCGUGGCGGGCCGCCGCGCUCUGAACGGACCUGUUCCCACUCCCCGACCCCCGAGCGGGAGCGACACUCAGUCCCACCCUCCACCACCAUACUUCCUUCCCUUAAAGAUAUCCGAUAACCAUCAAAUUAAUAAAUGAUAAUUGAAAAAAAAAACAACAACAACCAUCAGCUUUCUGGACUGUGACGCACUGAGCUUCCUCUGCUGCCAGACUCGGUGCUGACAAUGAUGGGAAUGUGCCAGACUGAAGCAGAAACUUCUCUAUUAAAUUUAAAGAAAAAAAAUAUAUAUAUAUAUAUAUAUAUAUAUAUACUUAUAUAUAUAAAGUAAAGAGUGUCUAAAAUGAAAAUAAGAAAAAAAAAUGUAUUAUUAAAAGUAUGAGAAACUGAGCAUUUGCCUGAUAAAUCAAAGAACGGUGAGUCCUCCACCCGCCUCCCUCUAAGCCAUACCAGGUACAUGAGAUCCUUCCAGUUUGGGGAGGAAUAACUCGACGUGACAGACUCGUUCACUCCCUUUCUUAUUGCCACGGCAACAACAGCUGCAGCCAAUCAGUUCUCGCACAAGCCGACGGCGGCCGCCGCCCCCCCUCCCCUCGGGACGCAUCUGCGAGUUAACAUUUGCUGGACUGACGAUGGCGAAGAGAGAGAAAAUGUAUGAAAAUACCUGUCCUUGCCAAGCAGCGAAGAAGACCGUCCUCAGAGAUGAAAACUGUUACACUUCAAGGCGAUGACAGACAGAGAGCGGUGGAAAAAAAAAAAAGACAAAAAAAACUUAACAAAAUAGACAUUCUUUGCUGUCAGUGCAUUGUGGAUAGAAGGAAAUCUGUCCGGAUUGCCUCUUUGUGACGCAAAAAACAAACUUUGCCCGCGUUGACCCAGAAUUCCCGUCGACAUCAUUUCCCUCUCGGUCUUUCUGUCUCAUCCCCUCCCUCGUGUUCAGCCCCCUCACCUUUGACCUCCCCCUGACCCCCGCGCCGCCACUGACCUGUGCAUUUGUGAACUUUAACUCUGUAAACCCUGGUUGGUCGAAAGAUUCUUCUGUCCAAUGUUAGUGAUGCACAUGUGUGAGAAGCUCUCCCCUCCUCUUUCUCCUCUUCCUCCUCUUCCUCCGUUCUCUCAUUCCUCUCCUCUACUUCCAAAAAGAUAAUCUAGUGAAGCUGUUUCUGUCUUAGGGCCGCCUCGCUCCCUACAAUCGUGGACAGAGGGUAGUUUUUUUGUUUGUUUGGUUUUUUUUGGGGGGGUUGUUUUUUACCCCGGGCAGACAAGAAGUGCAUAGAGAACCAUCCAGUGUAUUUGCAAGUUCUUUUUCUUGGCAAGAAGAAGGAAAAACAAAAAAAUUAAAAUAAAACAAGUCAUGUAGUCCUUUUUGUAUCUCUGCCAAACUGUGAUUGAAAAAAGGCAACCUUUAAUGUAUCUAUUUAAGACAUCCAAAUGCGGAAGCAAUGGUAUUCUUCUCUUUUUAUUUCCUCUCUUUUUUCUUUUUUUUGUUAAUUAUUUUAUUAUUAAUCAUUAUUUUUGUUUCCUCUGAGCUGUGCAGUUGAUUUCCCUUUGUAUUGGCAACGUGCUGGCAUCAAAGAAUAUUAGUUUACAUAUAAAGUAUUAAUAAAGUGUAUUAAAAUCCCACCAAAGGACAUUAUAAAUGUUUUGUUCUUGCUUUAACACUUGAAGAUUUAAGUGAAUAAAAGUGAAAAACUAAA